GUGCGUUCAAGAGAACUGGGAAAUCUCCAACUGGGAAAAAAGUUUUGAACGGUCAUCCAACUCGGAAUUCGCUGUCGGAAACUCUGGCAUAUUUCUAGAGCUCCGGCUUUCCGACCUGAAGAUAUCUGACGUCAUGAUUUGACCUCGUUUUUUCCGAGUUCCCAGUUGUUUUGAAAGCGCCAAUUGUUGUUAUUCGUCUGGAACGAAUAUAAACGCGUCCCUGUUUAAGUUUACGACCAAUAGGAUUUAACUGAAUCGUUUGCGUUUAAACUUUAACCCCUAUGUUACUGGCUAUAGUUUAUAGGCUACAUGCAGUUUAUGGUCUUCUUUAUUGGCAGACACUCAGAAUUUCAACGAAUACCGUGCGGAUUCCCAUCGAAAAUGAUUUUCUUACACUGGAAGUAAAUGAUCUAUGUGUGUAAUACUCAUAUGGUGUUUUGUUAUUUAAAUCUACUUCAUGUAGUACUUGUUCCAUAAUCGACUGACGUGGGGACCUCGGAGGGUUGGUCGAGAAAGCCUGGAUGACUGGAUACUACGCUGAGCCUCGCAGUACAGUAACCCUACUCAUGCUUUUGUUUAUAGACUUUCAAGUGAUUAUCGCUUUGGUUACAUAUUUCAACAAUGUCGCAACUGGCCUGUAAACAAAGAAAGACGACGUGCUGUAAUUUAUUUUCCCGAAAACUCAUGGUCGUGGAUAGUCUACAUUGAAUACGAUUAUUGUCAACCAAAUAACCAGCGUCAUUGAUCCAGGUGGACGUUUACUAACUGUUCAGGCAGGUUUCUGCACGCUCUCUGUUUAAAGGUUAGGCUACUUGUACCGUAAAUGGAGGUUUGUCUUGACUAAUUUUUGUAUUACCAUUUUAUUAUUGUUAGGCCUAAUCGCAAUCAACAAAAUAAUCCAUGUUUAAACGUAUGAGUCGAUUUUAAAAUGGUUGAAAAUCGAUGCUCCGUUCAAAGGGAAGGGGUCUACCGCUGGUUUUCGAUAUUGAACUCGGCCCAGAGAGCUGAGUUCAUUUGUGGUCUUUUGGACCUCUGUGUUCCCAUCGAACUACGCUUCCUCGGGUCGUGCUUGGAAGAUUUAGCCCGCAAGGACUAUCACUCCCUCAGGGAUGCCGAGAUCAAAGCCAACAACCCCGCUGACCUCUCGAACCUUACCAACAUCACGGACGAGGUCGUGAGGAGCAAGCUGCUUAUCUCCCUUGCACUUCUCAGCUCCGACAAUCGAGAGGCUGCGGGUGUUCUCUUCCGAACGCUCACGCACAUCGACAGCAUCAUAAACAACUACGGCCUGCAGCUCAACGAUGGACAAACGGAUGAGCAGUUCCUUCUCCUCUUCACCAUGGCAUCCAAUCACCCGGCAUUCAGCUUUCAUCAGAAGCAGGUGCUAAGACAGGAGCUGACCCAGAUCCAGGAGAUCCUGCAGGUCACCUGUGGAGAGCAGCAGCCCGGGACUGGUGGCUGCGACGGGACUGGAGCGCUGGACACCCUGUCUCCCGCCACUAACAUCCCAACCUACAUCACUGCGCCCACCCUCGACUCCUGUCAGGUCGGGUGUCCAUGUUCUCAUAAGACACUGCACCGAGACGUCGGGGCAGGGCGAGGGAACGAGGGAAUUGUCCCAGAAUCCAUGCCUCACAUGCCAUCUCUCUCAUGCAAGGAGCUGCCAGUCAAGGUGCACGUUGGGAAACCCAGCAAAGAGAACAUAGAGAGGAUAGAGCUGAGGGGAGUAACCAACAAGGGGGGGAAACCAAGUGAAUAUAUGCUAGAGGUCAAAUGGUCAGACUCCUCUGUGUCCACUGUAAGCAGGACUCACCAGGAGGUGCUGGACUUUCUCUCCCAGGUCUCCCAGCUUUUCUCUGAUGAAGGUUUAGAGAAGUUCCUGCCUCAGUCCCCUGGCCUUGAUCAGACCUCUGAGCUGGACCCCAGGUGCCUAACAGCGCUUCCAGUUCACAUUCUCAAACACUACCGGUCCAGACUCUUCUUCAGCACUACUGCCCCCACCGUCCCCUCCUUUCUCCCAACUGCAAAUCUUGGGUGCCUGCUUCAAUACAGAGGAGCCAACAGGGCUGUGUGUGGUGUGGCCAGUAUCCAGCCAGUUAUGAGCAUUCACAACUCCAUUCCGCCUUGCUCUCCAAACCAGCUGCUCCCCCAGGGCACAGUGCCCACCCUUCCCCCCGGCACGGUGGGGGUAUCAGGGGGGGACAACGCGCCCUCUCCCGGGCACCUCCAGAACCCUGGCCCUCCACAGAUGAGUAGCCCUGAACAGAAUGGCAUCCUGGACUGGCUGAGGAAACUCCGCCUGCACAAGUACUACCCAGUCUUCAAACAGCUGACCAUGGAGGAGUUCCUUGGACUCACAGAGGAGGAUCUGAACAGGUAUGACCUCACCCAGGGAGCCAAGAAAAAGCUGAAGACGCAGCUAGAACUGCAGAAUAGGGAGAAGAGGUAUAUGAUGUCCCAGUUCCCUGUGUCCUGUAGUGGCAUCGCCAGGGUUACUCCAUCCAGCCACAUUGGUCCAGUGGCACAAGUCCACUCCAGCAACAACACAGAGCUACGUGUGGAGGUAGAGACGGGCAUGCACCCUCUCCCCCGGGACAGCAGCUCCUCCUCGGGUUAUUCCAGCUCUUCCUCCAGCCCCAUUACCCCUCUGUCUCUGUCUCGGGAAGGGGCCUUCGACAGGGCCAAGGAGCCACACAGACGUAUGGGGUCAGGACUAGACCUCGGAGAGAAGGACAGGACAUGUGUUCCCCUGAACCCCACCGUUACAACAGGUCCUAGUCGGCCCACUGCUCAGGUUCUUCCCGUGCAGAAUGAUCCUACUCCCUGCCCCUCCCACAUUGGCCUUCCUCCACCCUCCUUGCCCCUACUGUCACCAAGACGCAUGCUGGGCUCCCCCCGUAAGUCCCGGCCCCCUCCCCUUUGCCCUAAUGAGCGGGCCAAACCCCUGGGUUCAGGCGUAGCUGUUGGGGUGCGGCUUGAGAGCCUGUUCCCUGGCCUGAGUGUGGACAGUGUGGGGUUCCCUCCCCUCCACCAGGAUUCUGCUGGGCCCCGGGGGCCCUCUGGGGUCACCAUGCUGCGCUCCCUUCCAGGCAUGAUGGUGGAGACCAGCACCGCCCUCACCACCACCUCUAACACCCUGCACCACGUCUCACACCCCCCUCUACACCUACAGGUGUCCCCCUCCUUACCCCGUGCUGGACACUACCCUUACCCGUCUUCCUCCGCCUCCUCUUCCUCAUUAUCUCCCUCCUUUAAGUCAGCCUUCCCAUCUGUGAGUGGCAUUUCCAUGGGAACCGCGAGCAGCGUUCCCAUAGCAGCGGUGCCAGGCAACACCUAUUGUGUCAACAGUAGCGCUGCUGUCCUGCCAAGCUCCAGUCCCACUUCCACAGAGAAGAGUGGCUACACCAUCGCCUCUGGCUCCACCCCAAGCCCAUCUGUGUGCGUGUGCAGCUCCUGUGGUUGCAGUGGGAACUGUGGUUCCUACGGGGCCCUCCCGGCCAGCUACGCAGGGUACUUCCAGCACCCCUUCUCAGGGACGUCAGUGUUCACCCUGGGUCCCCUGCUUCACCUCAGUCCCCUGCUGGCUGGGAGCAGUACUGCCUUCCCCUACCCCCUGGUGGCACCGCCCCUCUACAACAGCAGCAUGUCUCACAGCCAUGACACACAGGGGCAGCAGGGGCUGGUCCUGCCCCCCAUGCAGGGAUUUCUGGGUGCCGGGGCCAACAUGUACCAGCCUCAUGGAGUGGUGGGGAACGGAGGGCACAAGAAGCCAGAGAGCCUGUCCUGCUACAACUGUGGGGUCAUCGGCCAUCGGGCACAGGAAUGCAAGCAGCCACCCAUGGACGCUGCUCAGCAAGGCACAUUUCGGCUGAAGUAUGCUCCUAAAUCAGACAGCCAGGACUCAGGGGACUAAGAAAAACUCCUGUGAUCUCACACCUGGGCACAUCAGCACCUUAUGUUCCUCAGAUUGGAGGAGCUCCUUUCAUAACGUGACUCUUUGAACACCAGUCACAGUUUUGAUGGUAGGCUGGUGAAUGGUGGCCACUCAACUCAACUUAGAUUCUUGCUUGAGACCAUGAAGAAAGUGAAAUUAUAGAGUCAAUUUGGAGGGUGCUAUUUUUUAUUUUUUUAAAUAUAUUUUUUUACCUUUAUUUAACUAGGCAAGUCAGUUAAGAACCAAUUCUUGUUUUCUAUGACGGCCUAGGAAUAGUGGGUUAACUGCCUUGUUCAGGGGCAGAACAACAGAUUUGUAUUAGUUCCAGUCCAUCUAUAACAGAUGAUUUUGGUCAAAGGAAAAAAUAAAAAUAUGACAAAACUCCUCACGCUACUCAGGUCACACCUCAGUGUCACUCAGUUCUGUAGCCAGACCCAACCCUUUCAAAACAAGUCAUGUACUGUUCUAAGACAAGAUGGCCUUUUAAAUUGCUCUGGAGAAGAAAGUUGGAUGUAUAUCUGAGAGGAUGAUGAAGUGUGAAUGUAAAGACAUAAGAUGACUGCCAAAUAAUGCACAUUGACUGACUGUCUGCCAAAUCCUCCUCCUCUGGAACAAAGCAUGUCUCUGAGGAAACAAGGAAGUACUUCUGUCAUUUCCCUUUGUGUUGCCAGACAUCACAGGGGAAGAGGAAGUGAAACAAACAAGUGCUUUAUGCAACAAAUCAUUCACUGUGGGUACUUAGCCCUGUACAGUGCAGGUAUUAAUGAUGAAAAGAAACAGAUGGUGCCAGCAUUACUAAGAUGUGCCAUUGAUUUUGUUUUGUGCCGAACUGCCUGGAAAUGAUUCCAAACUUGUUUAAUAAUUUAGAAGUUUAGAAGUUGGAGCAGUCUAAUUGUUAUAAUCACCACCCAAAAUGGGUGGUGGUGAAAUGUAAGAGGAUCCUUUUUGAGAAAGAUUAGAUAUUGAAUGUGUCAGUGAAUGUCUCCUUAAGUUGCCACCAUGGUGUGGCAUGUGAAGCACUUUUAUGAGACUGGCUGGUCCCAGGCCAUUGGAUGUGAGUGUGACAUGAGGACAGUGGUCUUCAAGGAUGGACAAGUUAUUAUAGGUUUGUUGUGUUGCACUGGAGUGUCUUCAGUCAUAAGGGACAUUUCUUUGAUAAUGAUCAUAUGUACCAAUAAACACUUGCACCUAUUGCUUCCAAUAUAUAGUCAAGACUUUGACUAAAUCAGGAUCCACUUGGAGUUCCAUUCUGGUGGAUGUGGUAUUUGUAGGUAAGGAUCAGGAAGUGGUCACUGAAGAUCAAGGAAUUGUAGGACAAUCCAGGAUUGUAUCUUGACUAUCUGUACAGUAUUGCAUGUCAGGGACUGUUGUCAAAAAUGUUUUGACCACAUCCAUGCUGUUUAUGGUCUAGGUCUCAUGGGAGUAAGAGAGUUUACAGUAGGCACAUUAUGGCUGCAGAGCAAACAUGAUUCUCUGGUGGAUCAUUUGUUUUUACACUGUUCUGUAACAUUGUGUUUAGUUAAUACACCCAGGUUCAUGCUGCAAACAUUUUGUGUAAACCAAUUAGAUUUAUAAUCAUGUCUUUAUAUCAUUAAAAUGAAAUAGUGAAAUUAUUGACCAUAGGAAAUCACGUUUGUGCACAAAGCUGUGCAUCCUAGAUGCCUUAGCAACCCUGCAUGGUACAAUCAUUUACUAAAGAAAAUGUAUGGCCAUAAUAAAAUGAUACUGUAUUUUUGCUUCUGGAACGGUUUCAGCUUACUUGGUUCCAAUGAGAUUCUUGUCAAACAUAUAAUGACAUCUAAUUAGCUGGUAUUAUUUGACUGUAACGUAGCAGUUUUCUUAGUCAAUAGCUAUGCAUGUUUGAUUUAAAAGGUGUUUUAAAACAUUUGGUAUUAUUGUGAAGCAGAUUUGAACUUGAAGGUCAGAUCCUGUUUUAUUUUUGUAUAUACUUGUUUUAUAUACUGCAUGAAAAACAUAUUUUGUUUUCUGAUUUCAUAAUUUCAUUGGCAACACCGUGUCUAAUACCAGCAUAGGCGUUCUAGAUGGGGAACACACCACAGAAACGUUUACAUUUUUUUUUUAUUCAUAAAAUAUGAACAUAAAUACAAGAAAAGGUUGUAAUACUGCUGUAAAUAUGAAGAAUGAGUGGCAAACACAGGAGAAUGCAGAGGAACAUUGGGUUGAUAACUGUACCAUUCCUCUGUUAUUAAACCCUCAAUCAAACUGAUCAUAGAAUCAUUCUUAUUCAUUAUGCACAAGUAUAGCAUAUGGACAUUUGUACAGCGAAGCAAAAUCACAUUGAAUGAAAACAAAAUAAAGAUGGAACUGCCAAAAAUGCUGACAUAAAAAGGCAUCUAACAUUUUAAACAGUUGAGGACAGCAAAAGGGAAGAGGACACAAGUCAUCACACAUUAUAAAGGCGUAAAUAACCCUCUAUUAAACAAAUUGAAUAUUCUAAAAGUGUGAUGCCACCCAGAGAUGAGCUCUGUCCGGAGCCCUAGGGCAGGUCUAGGUGGGGGAGAGAUGGACAGACCCAGCCCAUGAUGCCCGCCCAGUCCUAACUGGCCACCAACCCCACAUCAGUGACCCUUUCAACACACGUGCAAUUCCAUCAUCAUGUCCUAUCAUAGUGAUCAAGGUCAGUUUAUUAUUCCUUUCAUUUGUCCAAUAUCUGUACACACACAGAGGCAAAUCUCUUAUUACAAUCAUCAAAGCAGAUUUUCGGUAGCAUAGCAUUUUAAAAAAAACUUCUUUUUUUUU